UCGGCUCAAAUUUUCAUUUCACGAUUUGUAAAUAUUAAAAUUUAAGUCACCUACUUGGAUGUGUAACAUCGUUAUAUAGACAGAUUAAUUGCUGACGAGAUUCUAAGCGAGCAACAUGGACUCCAACGGUACAUUUGAAUGGGCUCUCAGCAUCAAGGAGAAACCUUGCGAUUACGAGACGGUCAAGGCAGAGGGAACCGGUGAAUUGGCAUUACCUAUUAGUCAAGAGAGCCAGCUUGAGGUGCUCGAGAAACUGAAAAAAAUGAAGGCAGAGAGAACCGGUGAAUGGGCAUUAUUACCUAUCAGUAAAGAGAACCAACUUGAGGUGCUCCAGACACUGGAAAAAAUAAAGGAAUCUGUCAACGACGAGGCACCUUCGAAUCUUAAGAAGCUGCAAUUUCAUCAGUUCGUGUACGAAAUGUAUGGAUUUCUGUUCGACAAAAACGAUCAGGAUCAUAUCUGGUCCGAGUGGGUUGGGGACAACAGCAAGCUGGAGACGCAUCUCAAGUGUAAAAUAGCCAAACAAUUUACGGCGGGCGUUCGCUUCACCGAAGACAAACCUGUGUGCUUGUAAGAUCGAACUGAUACCUUCCACUAUCGUCUACUUUCAAACAACAAAGGUCUACAUCGAGCGGACAAUGGUUCUUUUCUCUAUCAGGCAACGUAUAGUGAAAGUGAGAAUCUAAUUUGAAGUAUGAACUCGAUUUUGUUAUUUUAUCAUGGAUCUAUUGCGUUAUCUCUAUUGUGUUAAUUUUAGAUUCCUACCAUGCUAUAUUAUUUCAUUCCUUAAAAACAACUGUCAGAUUUUAGGAAAUUAAUAAAAAUAUUAUAAAAUAAGAA